AUGGCUACUUCCCGCUUACCUCCAGCGACACUAACGCUAAAACAGUUCUUGAGAAGGCAGCAAGUUCUCCUUCUCUACAGAAGGAUUUUGCAAGCCAUUCAGCAAGUUCCAAACAAUUCUGAUCGCAAAUACCUGAAGGACUGGGCCAGGGAAGAAUUCAAAAGAAACAAAAGUGCCACCGAGGAGGUUACAAUCCGGAUGAUGAUUACACAAGGCAAUAUGCAGCUCAAGGAGUUAGAAAGAACACUUGCUCUAGCAAAAUCUUAA